CGCAGGAUCAAUGGAGGUUCAACUCGAACAAAGCGAAUUCAAUCUCACUCUUCCCAACGAACUGUGGAUCCGCAUACUCCGCUUCGCUACGUUUGUUUGCGGCAGCCUAGAUGUGGACCAUGAUGAUCCCUUUGACCACGAUGCCAACCUGUGGAAUACUGCCAUCGAACCCCGAGUCGACACUAUCUUCCCCGAGAUCAGGCGCUCGAAUGCCCGCAAGCUUCGGUUCAUGCUUGUUUGCAGGUUGUGGCACGAUAUAGUGCAGCCUUUCCUCUACGAGACGCUCUACAUCGCGCGCGACGAGGACUGUGCCAUAUUGGCUCCCACUCUAAUUGCUUCAGAAUCUGGUAAUGUUCCCGACAAACGGCCGUUGGGCGUAUGGACACGGCGACUAGACUUGUCAUUUCCCUGCUUCGAUGCUCAGGACGUCGCGAAGUUCGCCCCCAUCCUCUCCUGCUUGCCCAAUCUCGAUAUUUUAACGAUCCAUUUCACCCAAGAUCGCGGACCAGGAUUUUGCCUCUGCGCGGAAUUAUGGGAGCUACUUACCCUCACCUGCGGCAAGUCAUUGCUGCGCUUGAAUUCCAACAACCCAGACUCCGAUCCUUGGUUGACGGCAGCUUCUGUCCUCUCCGCAAAGAUUGCAUUUUCCCAGACAGCCAACCGUCUGAGGACAGUGAACCAAGGUCUAUGCUUUACAACCAAUGGAGGCUGUGUGUUUUGUUUGCACGGUCUUCCUCAACUGUUGUCGUGUCUAACCCCUUUCGAGUUCCCCGAUCCGUGCUCUUGCCCAAAAGACCCUAGUAUUCCUCCUUACCCAGCCCUCACCACCGCUUUUAUAAACAGACUCACUGGAACAGCAAAGUCCAAUGUGCUCGACCUAUUAGCUGUACAAGGUCCUAUUUUGACCACACUCGUUUUGCCACAUAUUCAGCCGUCGAGAUAUGCCAUGCUUCUAGAUUGUAUUGGGCGAAAUACCCCAAAUCUUACUCGCAUCAUUGUUGGGAUAUACUGGAGAGAAGAUUACUCCAACGAUGCGGAAACCGCUCGUCACUUCGCUCAUCACAUCCCCGCCACCCUCACCCACCUCGGCAUCAUCCUCAGCAAUGAUAAUGAUAUAGCCUAUGGUCUUCGCUGUCUCACCCCAGAGGAUAUGAUUUGCUGGCUCGCCAGUUCUGAAUUAGAGAAACGUCCUGCGCCCCUUGAGCUCAAACUUGUACGCUUCUUCGAUCCGGAGCGCUUCCCGCUCUCACCGCCCAGAGAUCGGACACCAGACCUUGUAGAGGCCGACUCACGGUUUGGUGUCGCCCUUCAGUACCUGGAGAAACAUGGCAUUCGCGUAGAAGGGUUUGAUGGACAGGAGAUCAACCCAGCGAAAAUAUUCGCAGGCUCAAUGGAGGUUCAACUCGAACAAAGCGAAUUCAAUCUCACCCUUCCCAACGAACUGUGGGUCCGCAUACUCCGUUUUGCUACAUUUGUCUGCGGCAGCCUAGACGUCGACCACGACGAUCCCUUUGACCACAAUGCCAACCUGUGGAAUACUGCCAUCGAACCCCGAGUCGACGCUAUCUUCCCCGAGAUCAGGCGCUCGAAUGCGCGCAAGCUUCGGUUCAUGCUUGUUUGCAGGUUGUGGCACGAUAUAUUGCAGCCUUUCCUCUACGAGACGCUCUACAUCGCGCGCGAUGAGGACUGUGCCACAUUGGCCCACACGCUGAAGAGCGCCAAAAUUGCUUCAGAAUCUAGUGAUGAUCCCGACAAACGGCCUUCGGGAGCAAGGACACGGCGACUGGACUUGUCAAUGCCCCGCUUCACUGACCAGGACAUCGCUAAUCUCGCCCCCAUCCUCGCCUGUUUACCCAAUCUCGAGAUUUUGACGAUCCAUUUUUCCCAGAAGUUCAGCACGGAGCACCGCUUCUGUGCGGAAUUCUGGGAGCUGCUUACCCUCACCUGCGGCAAGUCAUUGUUGCGAUUGAAUUCCAACAGCCUAGAAUUCUUUCCUUGGUUGACGGAAAGUGAUGUCGGCUCCGCACAGGUUGGAUUUUCCCAGACAACCAACCUCUUCGCCGACUGGCGUCGUGCCUAA